GUCGAGUCCAUCAUCUUGUCGAUCAUUUCGAUGCUGUCGUCCCCCAACGACGAGUCCCCGGCCAACGUGGACGCCGCGAAGCAGUGGCGCGAGGACCGGGACGGCUUCAAAAAGAAGGUCACCCGCAUCGUGCGCAAGAGCCAGGAGAUGCUCUGA